CUCCCUCCCUCUCUCCCUCCCUUUCCCUCUCUCUAUCUAUGUCUCUCUCUCUCCAGCUCCUCUCCGCUCGUAUGAAAAGCUGCAGUGUGCUUUUUCACAUGUUCACGGAGCUCUUUCCCACUCGCGCAGCGUCCGUUCCUCCCACGCGCUUCCUUCCGUUCCCGUUCCACCACCACCGGCGGCUGCGUGUCCGCUGCGUCUCGGUUUGUCCGCGUUUUUUUUUCUGGACGUCGACCAAAAGGCGCAAAGCUUCAUUCUUUCUUAACCCCGGUUUUUUGCUGAUGCGGCACCUCGACAGCUAAUGCACCCCCUCCUCCUUUCACUCUCUCUCACUCUCUCUCUCAGUCCUUCUCUCCAUCACCACACCACCACCACUACACCACCUCCACCAUCAUAAUCAGCAGCAGCGCCUCUUUCUUUUUUCCACCCUUCUUCGCGCAGAUCAGCGGCUGAAUUAAGGAAUCAAGCAUUGAAGAGCCUUGCGGUCGGACGGUAGCAGUAGCGGCACUUGGCAGACCUCUAAAAAAAUAAGAUUGAAGAAACCAAGCAGCAGAGGUCUAGCUGGUGGUGGUCACUUUCGUUUUUCCUCAACUGGCAUCCUCCACAUGAUGGUAAACACACCCAGGUGCAGAGAUUUACUCGGACACUGUCCGGUCGGACUGUGCGGGACAACAGUGGACAGUUAAAGGAUACAGGUAGCUAAUCCAGGCUUUGGUCAUAGUGGUGGCUCCUAUACCGCGAUCACACUAAAGCCAAAGUUGGAGUACAGGCAAGGUUGCAGGACGCAGGACGAGAUCCCCUUCUUUAAAAAGCCCAAACAGACCACCCCAGUGGUGAACGAAAAGAGGUGAUGCAGCACUCUGCCGGAGAUUGGAGAUAUGGACCGGUGGAAGGGUAAACACAGAGGAAUCGGCACGACAAGCUCCCUUUCAAUGGCAGCUUGAUCCACAGACAGCGCAGCGAGGCGAGGAGCUGCAUGAACACGCGCCCAACCCCAGCCUGUCCUGCGGCGCUGCUGGUGUGAGCUCCGCGAUGACAGUGGUGGCAGGAGACCACUUGGACGAAAGCUCGGCUCUGGCGGGCCACCCACAGGAGUCCUAUGCCGCCGAGCACGAUGAGCACGAAUGCUGUGAGCGCGUGGUCAUCAACAUAUCCGGCUUGCGUUUUGAGACACAGCUCAAGACGCUUGCCCAGUUCCCAGACACACUGCUGGGCAAUCCCAAAAAGAGGAUGAGGUACUUCGACCCAUUGAGGAACGAGUACUUCUUUGACAGGAAUCGUCCCAGCUUCGAUGCCAUCCUCUAUUACUACCAGUCUGGAGGACGGCUGAGGAGACCUGUGAAUGUUCCUUUGGAUAUGUUUUCAGAGGAAAUAAAGUUUUACGAGCUUGGCGUAGAGGCCAUGGAGAAGUUCAGGGAAGACGAGGGCUUCAUCCGCGAGGAAGAGCGACCACUGCCAGAGAAUGAGUUCCAGCGGCAAAUCUGGCUCCUGUUCGAGCAUCCUGAGAGCUCGGGUCCAGCACGCGGAAUCGCCAUUGUGUCCGUUAUGGUCAUUCUCAUAUCCAUUGUCAUAUUUUGCUUGGAGACAUUACCAGAGCUCAAGGAGGACCCUCAAGGAAGGUUACAAAAAGUAGGGAACACCACUAUCUAUUACAAACCAAAUGUUCUCACAGACCCCUUCUUCAUUGUGGAGACUCUCUGCAUCAUAUGGUUCUCCUUUGAGUUGAUUGUGAGAUUCUUUGCAUGCCCAAGUAAGGCAGCCUACUUUAAGAACAUGAUGAACACAAUCGACGUGGUGGCCAUCAUACCAUACUUUAUCACGCUUGGCACAGAGCUAGCAGAUGAUUCAGAGGAAGGACAGGAACCAAAAGGAGGGGGAGAGCAGGCCACAUCCCUGGCCAUCCUCAGGGUCAUCCGUCUGGUCAGGGUGUUCAGGAUCUUCAAACUGUCGAGACACUCCAAAGGGCUGCAGAUUUUGGGCCAGACCUUGAAGGCCAGUAUGCGGGAGCUUGGCCUGCUUAUCUUCUUUCUCUUCAUUGGGGUCAUCUUGUUCUCUAGUGCGGUGUACUUUGCUGAGGCAGAGGAGAAGGAGUCGUUUUUCACGAGCAUCCCAGACGCCUUCUGGUGGGCAGUGGUCUCUAUGACCACUGUGGGCUAUGGGGACAUGUACCCCGUGACCAUUGGGGGCAAAAUAGUAGGUUCCUUGUGCGCCAUUGCUGGCGUGCUGACCAUUGCGCUCCCAGUGCCCGUGAUUGUGUCUAACUUCAACUACUUCUACCACAGAGAGACUGAAGGGGAGGAGCAGGCACAGCUCCUCAACGUGAGCAAUCCCAACAUUGCCACUGACUCCAGCUCUAGUCGGCGCAGUUCCUCUAUCGUCAGCAAGUCGGAGUACGUAGAGAUCGACGAGGACAUGAACAACAGCAUUGACAAUUUUCGGGAGGCGAACCUGAGGACUGGGAACUGCACUGUCAUGAACCAAAACUGUGUGAACAAGGGAAAGCUUCUAACAGAUGUGUAAUAUUCCGGUUUCAUCUUGACGAAGCAUCUGCAGAGGCAUCUCAACUGCACCCAGAGUGGUAACCAUACCAGAAUGCUUUAUCUAUGCAAUGCGUUGUUGCAUUGCAUAUGCUUUACCCUACAUUUACAGCAAGGGAUACUUCUACCGGCAUUCAGCUUCAUAUAGAUUGUCUAAAAUAUAGAAACUGUGGUUUCAAAGAUUUUAUUCUAUAAAAAUAUGGGAGACUCCGUGACUGCAGUAUCAACUUCGCAUGGAAUUUCUUUUUUUAAUACAACACACUGCGCACAGCAUCCAGGAACGUGCAUCAGGACCUUCUAGAGCAUCUGCAGAUACUGAUAUUGGUCUGCUUGUGGGAGCUAUGCCAUGCUACAUCUUGAGCUCUGCUGAGCAGAUUAGAUGCACCUUAAUGUAACAGGAAAAGCAUGGUUUCCAGUCCCUGCUCGAUGGUUGACGGUUCUCGCUGGACAGGUGGCACUUUUGUGAAAGACAUCUGCAAUGCUGCUAUUUCUCCCGCAGAUGCUAGGACUUUUGCCCCAUUAAGCCCAAAGCCAUGUGAGGCGGCACAUGGCUUUUGGGGGUUUUCUUAUAAGCAUGUUACAAUAUUCUUUGGAUUUUUUUUAUAUAUUGGCAUGCACAAACAUUACCUCAUUAAUUUCUUUUUCUUUUUUUCAUUUAUUUAUGCCCUCAGAUUUUCUCUCAUUUGGUUUCACCAAAAGUGCAAUGGUUAUUAUUUAUUGUUCCUGGUAUAGAUUAUUUAAAAAGCAUUUAUGAGAUGAAUGUUUAAUCUUAACGUUGGAGCAGUUAAUUAUGGAGAUCGUGGCAUGUCAACUAUGAAGCAUUGAGGCCUACUCGACUCAGGUACUGUGUAUCCUGGUAUAAUUAGUGCAUGACAUCAGUAUUAACAAAUUGAGAUAGGUUUACGUGUAUUUGUAGAUUAAUGAAGGGAUUUUUGCUGACUUUAAUGACAUAUAUUAACAAAGAUAUCUUAAUACAAAGUUAACAAGGUAUCGAGAUGACAUUUUGAAAAAAUGUCAGUACACUCCAAACAGUAUUACAGUAUCUACAGCUACAGUUAACAGGAUAUGGAGGUGACAACCCACAGACUAUUGUGAUGGACAAUUGCUAAUUACGAGUUGUAAAUGAUGCAUCCAAUGUUUAAAGGUACACUAAUUAAGUUUUUUUUUUUCCUUUGCUAAAACAAGCUAACUUUAAUAAUACAAAGAAAGGAAAAUUCUCAUUUCAUGUAUUUUGUAAUGCUUGCAAAUCAUUCAUGACUUUACAGCAUAUUUACUUUUAAAUACAUUCAAAUCUAGAGUAUUGCUGCCUCCCAUUUGAACUCGGAUGUCAGAAUUUCCAGCAAAGAGAUAGUUUCAAGUAGAAAAUUUUAAUUGAAAUGCCCCUAAAAGUCAGAUUUCCUAUUCAGAAAGGUUGGAGAGCCUAAAAAAAAAUCCAAAAUGGCUGUUGCACACAUCAACAGUUUGAAUGCACAAAAUUAGAGCUAAUCUUACUGUUAACUAGCAAUGCUAACCUGGGGCAAAGCUAACACUGAUAAUCGGAAAGGAGAACAGAACAUAUUUUGGUUGGAUUUGCCAAAAACACAUUAUUAUUAGACAGUUUUAACAGGAACGCUGUGGAUUUGAGCUUGUUAUCAGUCCAAACUCAGAAAUUCAACUUCCGAGGUGAAUGGAACGUAGCAUAAGUUCACAACAAUGAGAAAAAUAUUACUUAGUGUAUCUUUAACUUUUAAAUUCAACAUCUACAUUAUAGAAGAUACACAUAUAUUUAACCCUCUGUUUGUGUUCGCGUAUAGUGCCUUUAACCCUCGAACUGACAGAACUGUUAAAAGUGCCUCCAUGUACAAUAGCAUCAAUUUUACUGUGCAGCUCCUUUUAACCUACUGUAUGAUGCAUAGUCCAGGACCCAUCCGAGUAUCAUUUGGACUGUCGUAGUCAGAAGAUGCACAUAAACAUAAAGACAGUUGGAGUAUGUCUGCUGGUGUAUAGUAGAAUACUCUAGAAUGGAGGGAGUUUGUCCUGUGGCCUCAGUGCACAGAAAGUGGUGACAUAUUGAUUGGAAAACUGUUGGGAAUUGUUGGAAAAGACAAACGAAGAAAAAGCAGGAACAAAGUGGGAUAUUGGUGUAGGAUGUUUCAGGAACUGCCCCUUCAAAUCCUUGUAUAUAAACCUCAGUAAAUGACUCAAAUGAUCUCCAAAAACAGAUAAUUACCAUUGUACAGAGAAUAAUUAGAAAUAUCUAUUUUUCAUCUCUUUUGCUGUCCAUUGUUUUAAUUUUUUGACUUAGAUAAUUUUUUUUUGCUUCAUCAUGUCAUACCAUAAUAAGCCUUUUUAUGUGUUUGUCUACCUCAGUGUGGUCACGUAUGGAGUGUUUGUGAAACCCAGAAGCUUAACAUCCUGCUAGGCAUUCCCCCAAGGUCAAGAACCACACAGUGUUUUGCACAGAAAAUCAAUACAGAACCUGAACAAAAGUGCUGGAAAUGGAUUUUAAAGAAGAACACAUUGUUGCUGUCCAAAGAACAACAAAAAACAAAAUAUCACCUUAAAAUUAAAAGGGGAAAAAAACAUGUUAACUUCCAGUUAGCGCUGUCACAAUAGCUACUUUUUAAAAAUAAUAUAGUCCCAGUGAUAAAUUGUGAAACACUUAUUGCGAUAUUAUUGUAAUUUUAAUGCCACUGAUACAUAAAAAUAAAAAUAAUAAAAAUAUGAUAAAAGCAUAAUAAUGCAAGCAUGCCCUUUAAAAGAGCAAUGAAAUUUUAACUACUGAAAUAUUUCCAUAUUGCAUAUGGAAUAUAAAAACAUAGCAGCUCAUUCAUUCGCUGGAUUUUUGCAUUCCAUUUAGGGAAUGUAAUCUGGAAUGCAUCUAAAAGUUGGAUUUUAAACUCUGAAACUGGUAUGGUAUAGAAUCCAAGAUGGCUGCAUCACCAGAAGUAAAAACAGUAGUAUUACACAGUUUAUCAGCGCUUCUCUCUAUCUAUGUGUUAUUAAAUCAGUCAGACACACAGUACUGUCCAUCUUCUACAUGUGGACAUGUUUUCAGGAUGUUGUUAUAAUGCGUUAUGAACAAUUCUACGUGACACAGUGCUAGCAAUAGUAACAUGGGUAAACAUGAGGUAAAAAGUGGGACAUUAUUUGUUUUGAUAAGAAAUGGGUAAUUGACUGUCAAAUUACUAGGGGCAAAUUCCAUAUUCUUUAACCUAGUUAAAGAAAUACCACCUCAUUCAUGGUAAUGGGCUCACCUCUCUGAGAAAAAUCUAAUGGGCAGUAGGUCUUGUAAUUAUAUACUGUAAUUAAUUAAUGCAAUUACAGACAGUCCUACUUCCAGUGUAAAUGAAUGUGACAAGUUUUUAUUCCAAGUAAUUUUAGACAUUUAUCAUAAAAUUUCCACACAAUAUUGCUGUGCUCAAACAUCAAACUAAAAAUCGACACAAAUGUAGAUACGUGUUUUUCUUUGGACAGCCACCACAUGCACAGUCUACUGUAUAACAGCUAGUUUGCUCUAAAUGAAAGUACUGAAACACAACUGGAAGGAAAUGAGAGAUAUUUAUCAGUAUUAUACAGAUUGAAAAGCAGAAAUGAACAGGACAUAUGAAAGGCUACAUUUUUUAUACUUUAAAAGAACACUGGCAGAAUUAUCCACUUACUGCCCAGACCAAAUAUAUAGGUAGGGCCUAUAUUUAUCCGCUUAAAUAGUAAACAAACUGAAAAUCUGGGAAACUAACCAGUCUAUUAAACUCUAUUAAGAACAGUGAUACAGUAUUAUAGCCUAUAGUUAUAAUGCGUGUUGGACUUUUUGGACCUUCCGUUAAUUUUUGGGUUCUUACAAGUACAACUGAUAGCUUUAAGAUCUACUGCAAAGGAAAAAAUACAAACUGCUAUGGAGAUUAAAAAUAUUUUGUAGAUUUGAAUUAAAUGUAUCUGAAUUUAGAAUUUUAAAAGUGCUUUUUGGUGUUUUUAACUUGUGAGGAGGAGAAAUUUGUUCACAACUAACAAAUUUUACAUUUAAAAAAAAUUCAGAUCCACAAAUUCUUCAGAUAAAAAAAAACAUCUGAUAAAUCCUGAUUUUUAUGAAAACCUUAAGUUAUGUUGAAAGCACAUUUUACCAUCUCAAAAGUGCACUCCCAAAAAAGCAUUGUUAGAAUUCAAAAUCAGGCAAAUUUAAUUAAAACAAUAAUACAAAAUUCAUAUUAAAAUACUUACAUCACAUUUUAGGCUCCAUAAACUACAAACAAAUUCUUGGUAAAAAAAAAUAAAAACAAAUGUUACUAGAAGUACUUUGUAAGUAGGAUUAUGGGUUUUUAAACACAUCUUAAAAUAUUCAAAUAAAAAAAUGAGUAACAAAAAAAUUUAAAAGCAUGAAAAAAGAAAUUAUUGGGCUAUUUCAGAAGAUCCCGGGAUAGCAUAUCCCAACGCUGAUUUGUACCAUAAGCAUGAUCUGUACAUUUCCAUAUCAGAGUAACACCUUUAACUUAAGAGUAGGUAAAAUUUAAAAUCUAUAUAUAUAUGUAUCAUUUUUAUAAAUCAUGGUAACUGAUCCAGGGGACCAAAAAUAAAUCUCUUUUUCUCCCUUUACAGUGUGUAAAACAUUACUGACAUACUAGAAAACUAAUAAAUCAACUAAUAUACCAGGAUAUGAACAUGCGAGAGAAGUGAAAAAAUAAACAAACAAAACAAAAAGACUGUGAUCACUUCUAGAGAUAUUCCUCAUUAAAUGACAUUUUAUUGACAGAGAUCUUUUUUUGUUCUCUGUUCUGUGCUUGAAAUGACACAUGUGGGCUACAAUAUUACUAAAAAUGACUUUCUAUUAUUUGUAGGAAUAUUUUCUAUCAUUUCUUUCUAUAGAGCUUUUCUUUAUUUGUUUUUAUAGAGAUUUUAAAAUUCAGACAAAUAGGUCAUGGGUCAUGAUUUAUUACAACUUCUAACUCAAUGAGAUUCUUUGAAAUAGCCAUUGAUUUAUUAUGAUGUUGCACAAUUUUAAGCCACUUACGUGUUAUACAGUCCUGUGCAAAGGUCUUAGGCCAUGAAACCUGUUUUAAACUUGAGUGUUUUUAUGCUUAAAGCAUCGUAAUAUUAGAAUAAAUAUAAAUGAACAGAAAUACAGAGGUCAGUUUAUAAGGCUGAAUGCUGUUGGUUGGUAUGUAGCCAGUUGGAUUUUGGUCACUCAAAAAUGUUGUAUCUUAACAGGACAAAAUGUCUCAAAUCUCAACUUUACAGUUAAGAGACAGUUUUUUUAUUUUAUUUUAAUGGAAGUCAGUGUAAAAGGAUUUUAAUCCAAGACAUUUUGGAGCAUUUCUAUUGGUCCAUUCAACAUGAAAAUUUUGCACAAUGUAAAAACAACUGCCAGAUUCAAAUAUGAUAAUAAAAGAAAACAGCACAAACAAUACAAUAUGGAGAUACAAGAUUUUUGGAGUGACUCUGAAAUUUUGGUUAGAAGACAGACACUGGGUGCUGAUCAUCUUAGUAAGUUUAUUGAUUAGUACAGUUCCUGUUUGUGAAAGAUUGCAUAAUUUGGAAUAUUUAUGUUUAGUCCAUUCACUGUGAACAUUUUGCACAAUGUAAAAAAACAACUGCCAGAUUUAAAUUGUGAUAUAUUAUUUUUUUGGAAGAACUGAUAAGAUAAACUUGCCUUCAAACAGCAGUUUUGGAAAUGGUUUGGCCGGGUUCACUCUACAUAAUUUUAGGCCAGAUUUUUGCGUCACCAGCUGGUUGAAAAACUUCAGACUGGACCGCAGAUGAAAAACCUCAGACUGGGGAAAAAUUAUCACUCACUCAGUGCUCAUCAUAUGCUGCUGAUUGGAGCAAUCGUUUAUUGAUUGUAGAUUUAUCGCAAAAAAAUAUAUUUAAAAACAUAGAAUUUCUAGAAUAACAGUAACACUGAGAGUAAUCUUCCACAUGCUCUGUGUAAUUACACAUUCUCACCAGAGAGGUCGCUAAAUGAAUAGAUGAAAUUUGUUCUUUUUAAGUAAUUAAACACACCAGUCUUGCUUAAAAUUUGUAUAAACGUUUUCUAACCGUUGAAAAACGAUUUUACUGUGGUAAUUUCCACUGUGCAGUGAACUCUCAAGUUCAAGUGUGCUAUAGACGAGGAUGAUGUUUCCAUGUACUUUUUACACAGACACAUCACAAUAUGCAAAUCUGUCAAUCAAUAAUACCCCCUCUGCUGCAGCUCAGCCGAUCAGCUUUCCCUCCUGCCCUGCCUCUAAACCCAUACAUCACCCAGUGCCCCUCCCAAACUACCCCUCACGUUUUUUCAGCUGUUUUCAAAUUCUAGCUAAGGUUGGAGCAAAAAUCACAGGGUUUAGUGCCCCUUUAAAUAAAGGCUGUUUACAUGUUAUUUCUUUUCCAUAAUCGAUGUAAAAAAAAAUGAUGUAAUGGAACCAUAAUUUAGCAUUUAUUGAAUGUUAAUUUUCUUAACUAUUUGUCAUUCAUUACUCGAGGACAUCCAUUCUGGAAGGAGCAUAUUGUGUAUCUUGAUUUUGUGAAGAAAAUAGAAAAAAAAAAAAAUUUGAGGGAAAUUAGACCCACUGUGUGUUCCUUCUGGUGAAAGACGGCGUAAUUCAUGGCUCUGUGUCACUGAUCAGUUGUGUAGUUUGCAAACUACAACCACUGCAGGAUUCUCUGUUACGACUCAGUCAUGUGAUGUAGUUGUGUAGCAUGAACCUGGCCCUGGCAUUAGCUGACACACUUAUACACAACAAACCACAACGUUCAAUUAUUUAAAGCAUCGAAUUUAUUCUAAUGUUAGUAGAGCUGAAAUAAUACACAUCAUCUGCACAGGUCCUCUCAGGGGCCUGAGACAGUUUUGCACAGAACUGUAUUCCAGUAUAUUGAUAUGAAACAUUAUUUUCAUAUAAAAAUGAACAAAUCUUAUUUACUGAACAGCAGAAAAGAACAAUACUGGCCUUUUUUCUUCUUUAUAUUUAAUCUGCAUUGCACUGGGUUGGUCAUGUACUAAAACGUCUUAUACGUAGUUCUGUUGGUUUUUUUUGUUUUUGUUUUUAUAAUCUUAAUAUUUUAUAAUCAGUUCUGAUUACUGUAUGUAAGCUUUAUUACUGAGGUUUCGAAGAAUGUUAGUGCUUUCUGAACCUUUUUAUGGUAAAAAAUAAUGAGAAAAAAUGAGAAGAAACAACUAUAUAGAAGCCAAUGAAAUUCCAUCGAGUGUGAUAUUGAUUCACCCCUUUUGUUCUGAUCUUUAUUUAUUGACUUAUUGUUAUUGUACAUCACUGUUAAGAAACAUAAAAUAUGAAAAUGAAACAAAACACAUCAAAAAUAUAUUCAAGAUAUAAACUGUAAGGAAAUACGCAUAAGCCUUGCAGCCGAUUCAUCUUAUAUUUUCUUGCCGAGAUGCUGUAAAGGCACGUAACAAAAAAAAAAUUAUAUAUAUAUAUAUAUACACAUUAAAACAAAAAACACACAAUACUACCAAAAAAAAAGAGAUUUCUUCUGUUUUAAAAAUUUAAUUAAUUUUUUAGCCAUGUGAGUGUACUUAAAAUACUGAACAGCAUUUCUGGGUCAUAUUACAUAUUACAUAAAGGCUGCAAUGCAUCACGACCAUCAUGUUCUUCAGCACUCACUCCACGUCCCUGUUCUACUCAAGCACUUUUCUGAGCUUUUCAAUGUGUUCAUUUAACUGCUUAAAUCAACAAGUCUGCAUGAUAAAAGAAAAAAACUAAGAACUGCAUGAUCCAAAUAAUUCAAUAAUGAAAUCUGAAUCUGCCUCAGCAUAAUCUUACAUGUCUGCCCUCAUUUGCUUUAGGAUUUCUGCCAAAUUAUUAUUAUUAUUAUUAUUAUUAUUAUUAUUAUUAUAGUCUGAUUUAUAUUAUAUUAUGUCGAAGAACUACAUCAUCAUUAAUUCGGUGUGUGUGUGCAACAUCCAGAUCUCUUUUCAUCCAUCCAUCCACGCACACACUCACACACACAUACAUUAAAAUUAGACUGGCUACUGUAUGUGAACCUUAUUUCGGACUCUGUUGUUUUUGGAUGUUGUUCUUAUUAUACUGUACGUUCCUUAACUCCAUGUUUCUGAGUCAUGUCGUCGAACAUGCAGGAUCCUGCAGCAGCGUAUUCUCUUUCAUUAUAUGCUGGUGAAGGCAUAGUCUAUGAUCUAUGCAAGGAUGUCCAUCCCCUGUCUAUUCUCCAUCCUACUGCGCAUCCAUAUCAAUAAAUACAUCAAUAUAUCUGAAGAUCUCA